GCUCAAACCAGAACACCAGACAUGCCACAUGCUUGGCCCUGCGUGUUCUUCCCGUUCAAACACACAGAACUCCCCGUGGGCCCAAAACCCAGUCCGUCCGGGGAACGUUAGGAAAAAAACUCGAGAGAUUCAAACCUCCCAAAGCCCCCGCCCCCAUCGCCGUCAUGGACUGUGCCCCGCCGCGCGGGGCGUCAUUCGACGCCGUCGGCCAGCGGUGGCUCGCCGUAUUCGCCUUCCAGGCCGCGUUCUCGGCCGCCGCUUCGGCGCUCCACCUCACGGUGUCCCCGCGCGGCCGCCGCCACCCGCUCCUCGGCGUCCCAACCGGCCUCCUCCUUGGGUUCCAUCCGUUCCUCGCUUGCGCCGCCACGGGGAUGCUCGCGCUCGCGCUCCUCCUCUCCGUGUCCCCACACCCGCGGCCUACCCCGCUGCCGCGGCGCGCGCUCGCAACCGCCCUCUUCGCCGCGGCCGGCGCGCUUUGCGUGGGAGCCGCGGCGGCCAUGCUACCCGAGGACGCCGGGUGGGCGGCCGUCGCUGGGCUUGGGUUCCGAGGCGCCGUGCUUGGGGCCAUCUUCGCCGCGCGCUAUUUUGGCCGUCGGAGGUGGUUGCUCCAAUUUCCCGUCGUGCAGCUUUGUGUGCAGCGACCUUUAUUCUAUGGAUUGAAGAUGGGUGUCCUACCAUCUGGAGAAAGAGCUCUAAAGUUAUCAAUGCAGGCCUUCUUUCUUUCCCUUUUCAUGAUUUUCUUUCUUCCUUGGCAAUUCAGAACGGGAGGUUCUAUUGGAAGCCAAAUACUUACUGAGAUCAGCAUUUUUAUAGUGACCACUGGUGUUUCUCUCUGUUUGGAAAUAAAUCAUCAUUUUGUUCAGGUUGUACAUACAAGGAGGUGCAGUUUUGCUCCGCCUCAGAGCACUGCUGCUGCAGACACUAAUCCCACUGAAUUUAUCCUAGAAUCUUUGGAACAAAGUGAUCCACGAUCAUUGAUACAAUAUCUUGCAUACCAAGAUUUGUGUGUGGCAUCUGAGUGUAAUUUGGAACCAUGGCGCAGAGCUGCUUUCUUUGAGGAAUCUGGUGAAACUUAUAAAAGAAUCGUGACAACUUGUUUGAAGCCACUUGAGGAGUUUACUUCAAAAAUUGCUGAAUCCCUUGAAGAUUUUUCUAGUGAUAAGCCAGAAUUGAUGCUACAACAGUCCAAACUCUUUAGUGCAUUUGAUGAUUUCCAGAUAUGCGCAUGGUGUGCUCGGACAUUGACUGGGUUAACUGCGUGCUCACGCCAGGAGGAUCGGUAUGGUGUUGCUCAACUCACUGGCUGCAAUGCUGCUGUGAUGACAACGUUGCUGUCUGCCCUAGUAGCAAUUGAGACAUGCUUAGGAAAGAAAACAAACCCACAGCCUGUGCACUCAUUGGGUCCUGAAAACAUUAGGUGGGUUAACUUCUCCACAGGACGAAAAGGCACUGGAGUUGCAAUUGCAUGCACACAAAAAGGCGGCCUACACAAGAAAGCUUAUACCAUGGCAGAUGUUCUUCGGACUUCUGUAUAUCAGAUAGUUUCAGCAUUCAUCGAUGACCUACGAGCUAAUGCAAAACCAUCCAGCUUGGAGAAGAACUGGAUCAGUGAAGGGAGAAAACCUGUAUAUGGUUCACAAGCCGUGUUGGUUCAGAAGUUGAUUCUGUUUAUUGAGUACCGUGCAGUAUGAACUUGGUUCAUGUCUCUCAGAUCCUUACCUCCAUAUCAGAUCAUACUUGGUAGUCAUGGGUUUUUGAACUUGGUUCAAGAACCAUUGAUUUCCACCAGAGCCUAUGAAGAUGGAUCCUAAAAUUACUUCUGUAUUCCUUUGGGCUGCUGCACUGCUGAAGGCAGUGACGCUCUCGGAUUGGAUAACCAUUAUGCACCCAGGCCUUGUUUCUAUUCUGGUUUAUCCACUCAGGCCUUUGUUUCUAUUCUGAUUUGUAGUCUGGAAGUUGAAUAGAGUUACCUGUAUGUUGUAUCAUGGAGAGGGAAUCUGAAAUACUUAUGAUUUUUUUAUAUCCACUUAUCAGAUUUAUGACAAACUGUUAGUACUGCUUAGCUGCACCUAUUUGGUGGAAUUUCGUGGUGAAAAGGUUCGGGGUGAUGAUCUCCUGGAAUAGGUUCCAGUUGUUCUUUCCCAGUUUACCCAAUAGCAAUAUCAGCCUAGUCUUGAAA